AUGGCAGCGUCGUGGGUGCACGGGUGGCUCCACUGGUGGCUAGUGGAGCACCCAACAUUCGAGUCCCUCGAGUGGAGGCCCAACGAGACGUUCGGUGCCUCGGUCCCCAUCGUCGCCAUCGCCGCCUUCCCCUACCUCGCCCCUCCCCUCUCUCCGAACUUGCUAACUCUUUCCUCAUCCUCCUCGUCGGUUGCGGUGGUCUCACCUUCCUCCAUGCCUACCACCAACCACCACGCUGUCGUUGUUGUCAUGUGCUACGUCUGGCUCUCCACCUCACAGUCCCUCAUGCCGAUCGCCCUCGUGACCAAUGCCGCCGUCCACGUCGCGAUGUAUGCCUACUACCUCUCCUGCAGCAUGGACUAUUGCUGGCCGCUACGCUGGAACCGGGCCAUCACGGAGCUCCAGAUCGCCCAGUUCAUCUUCAGUUAUCUGAGAAUGUAA